CAAUCAAAACUCACCAAAAUGGCGACUGCAGCAACCUUUGGUAAACUAGAGACGAAAGACAAGCAACGAAUAAGUAAAUGGAUCGGUCGUUCUAAAGAUUUGGUCUUGCUGUAUAAAGCCACACGGGAUGGCAUGUCUCCCCCUAUCAUCCAUAGCAAAAUAGACAACAUGGGACCAACAGUCAUGGUUUGCUGGAACACAGACGGUUGUGUAUUCGGAGGUUAUUCUUCUGUUAAUUGGUUUGGUGAUGAUGAAGAGCGAUUUUUUUACGACGGUAACGCUUUUCUCUUUCAUUUGAAAUCCCAAAUCAAGACUCAGCCUGGUAUGUAUUUGGUAAAAAAUCCACCACACGCACUGUGCUAUUGCUCUGAGAUCUGUCCACGAUUCGGUAAUGUGCAGUUUAUGGAUGAUGAAGUGACUGCAGCUGAUGGGAAUGGAGUAUUUGUGAAUGCUGUGAAGCCAGUAAUUGGGGCAGCGUAUCAAACUGGAGAGAAAAUUUUAUUGAGUAAGCCGUGGAGACCAGACUUAAUGAGCAAAGUAAGUAAGUCUCAAAUAAAGAAUUCUAUUAAAUCCUACUGUCCUGUAGAAGAAACUGGUGUAAGAGAAUCCAGGAUUUUAUUUAUCGGCGCGGUCGGAUCAGGAAAGUCUAGCUAUGUUAACACCAUCAAUUCUAUAUUUAGAGGUCACGUGACCUGUCAGGCAGCUGCCGGAAGUGCUGAACACAGUCUUACUACAAUGUUCCGAUCUUAUAAAAUAAGAGAUGGCAGUGGAUUUCUCAAAUUUAGAUUAUGUGAUACACGAGGUUUGGAAGAAUCGCAAGGAGUAGAUCCCGGGGAUAUUGUAGCUAUGUUAGAUGGAAAUAUGCCUGAUUUAUAUACGUAUAAUCCAUCAGCUGCAAUCACUCCAGUGACCCCGGGCUAUAUAAAAUUACCGAGUUUAAACGAGAAGAUUCAUUGUGUAGCUUUUAUCAUUGAUGGUAGCUCAGUGGAAUUGAUGAACGAUGCUGUUCUUUGUCAAAUUAAAAAUGUUCAAAAUAUCAUCCACCAAAGAGGAAUUGCGGUACCACAAGUAAUUCUGCUGACCAAGGUGGAUGAAAUAGCCCAAGAAGUGGACGAAGAUUUAAACAACCUGUUUUACUCCAGUGAAGUGGAGGAGGUGGUUACAACUGUUUCUCAGUUGGUAGGGUUACCUCGCAGCCAUGUUUUACCAGUUAAAAAUUACGAGAAGGAAACGGAAUUAAACGAUACGGUCGAUAGAUAUGCUUUACUUUCACUUCAGCAAAUGUUACGAUUUGCUGAUGAUUAUUUGUAUAAUAUGUUGGAUACUCAAGUUUAG